AUGUGGAAGAAGUUUGGAGCAGCAGCCAAUGAUCCUCCUGGACCUAACCCUGCAAAUACAAUCUUAACUGAGGAGGUCUUUAUGCAGUUUGUACAAAAUAAGGAGCAAGCAGCACCGGAGGAUGAAGACCCCUUGGCCAAGCUGAAGAACCAAAAGAUUGUGCAGUGCCGUAUCUGUAAAGGUGAUCACUGGACAACAAAGUGUCCAUACAAGGACACACUUCAGCCUCUACAGGAGAAGUUGGAGGAAGGUGCCAAGAAAACAGAAGCUCCUCCAGCAUCAUCAACAGCCUCUCCUGCUCCAAAGGCAGCUGGUGGCAAGUAUAUACCACCCACCCUGAGGGAGGGAGGCAACAAGGGUCGGGGAGAGUCUAUGGCUACCCAGAGGAAAGAUGAGGCUGCCACAAUUCGUGUGACAAACCUCUCUGAAGACACCCGAGAGUCAGACUUGCAGGAAUUGUUCAGACCAUUUGGUCCCAUUUCUAGAAUCUAUCUGGCCAAGGACAAAAAUACAGGCCAAUCCAAGGGUUUUGCUUUCAUCAACUUCCACCGAAGAGAAGAUGCAGCAAGGGCUAUACAAGGUGUGUCCGGAUUUGGUUACGAUCAUCUCAUUCUCAACGUGGAAUGGGCCAAACCCUCCACCACACAGCAGUAA